GUAAAUCGUAGUGUUUUUCAUAUCUCAUAAUCUGGCUUGAAUAGCCAGUGGAAUCAAUUAUUGUUUUACACUAUUAUAAAUAUUGUAAUCGCCGGCUCGCACAGCCGCUUGCAUAUUAUAAUUAUUAUUGUAGUUAUGACGUAUCACGUCGCCAACCGUCGGGUUGUCUCUACGCCUAAAUUAUAAAUUAUAGGUAUUUCCGUGAGUGCGAUCUGCGAUCACCAUCGAAAGAGUAUUUGUGCCUAGUGUUGUGUUAUUAUUGUUCGGCCAUAAGGGCUGUAUUUAAUUAUUUGUUAUUCGAAUUACCGCGGUGUGGCUCGAAUAGCCAGCGAUUUGUAUUAGUAAUUAUGAUCGUGUUAACUUAGGUGUUAUUCUUGUGUGUCAAUCGUCAAAUUAUUAUACAGGCACAGGUUGUAGCGGCCGGCCAGCUGUUCACCGGCAAAGUUCGAAACGCGCAGUACAUAAGACCCGGCGUCACGGAUAAAGACCACGAUGGCUUCGCAUUUCGGCGUCCUUUUGAUCACUGUUGGCGUGUUCCAAGCGCUGUUAUCGCCGCAGCCGACGGCCGGUGCCGCGAAUAUCUUGGCGGUACAAACGAUGGCGGCCAAGAGCCACUGGAACGUGAUGCAGGCUGUAUUGCGUUCGCUGACUGACCGCGGCCACUCCGUGACCGCGUUCACGCCGUUUGCGGACGGUGACAGCGACGGUUACACGGAGGUGGACAUUUCCGGUUACCUGGAGAGCAAGGUCGGCUUGAACGUGUCACGGUUAGAGACUGGGUCCACGCUCUCGUUCAUCGCGUACGUGGUGAACGCCCUGCGAGUCAACUGUGGAACCAUAUUCGAACACCCGCGAAUGCAAGACAUUUUGGAAGGCCGGUCGCCACCAUUCGACGCGGUGAUCGCCGAGGGUUUCUGGUCGGAUUGCGUGUCGUACGCGGCUACCGUUCUCCGCGUUCCCGCCAUAUACGUCGUCCCUUCGCCGAUCGUCACGCACGUGGAGCGUUCGUUCUUCGGUCACGUCCCCAACCCCGCGGCCGUCUCCAAUUUGCUGUCGCCACGCGGCGUGCCAAAAACGUUCGGUCAACGUUUUGCCAAUACGCUGCGUACGGUUUCCGGUUCGUGGCUGGUUUGGGACAGCGAACGGAGGCUCCGGCAAUCCGACCCGCGACCGUUUGACGCUAUGGACCUGGUCAGACCGUCGUUGACUUUCACAAACACGCACUUCAUCACCGAACCUUCUAGGCCACUGACACCGGACAUCGUACAAAUCGGCGGCAUACAUCUAACUCCACCAGGACCGAUACCAAAGGACAUUUUGGAAUUCAUUGACGACGCACCUAACGGAGUGAUUUACUUCACGUUAGGUUCGGUGAUUUCGAUGUCAUCGUUACCGGAAAAUGUACUGAAAGUGUUAAAAGAGGCAAUUGCUCGGGUUCCGCAAAAGGUUUUGUGGAAGUACGAAAGUGAAAUGGCAGACAAACCGAAGAACGUGAUGACGCGGAAAUGGUUUCCACAACGCGAUAUACUUUUGCAUCCUAAUGUGAAACUGUUUAUCAGUCACGGGGGUAUAUCUGGAAUAUACGAAGCUGUAGACGCAGGUGUGCCUUUACUCGGAUUUCCGAUUUACUACGAUCAACCGAGAAAUAUCGACAAUCUGGUCGACGCCGGAAUGGCGAUCUCUUUGGAUCUCUUUUCCGUAACUACAGACACGGUUUUUAACGCCAUUGUGGAGAUUGUCGACAACGACAGGUACCAACAAAACGCUAAAAUUGCUUCCGAUCGGUUCAAAGACCGGCCCAUGUCACCAGCGGAGUCGGUGGUUUACUGGACUGAGUACGUUUUGCGUCAUAACGGAGCACCACAUUUAAAAUCUCACGCUCUGAAUCUGACGUGGUAUCAAUAUUUUUUAGUUGAUAUAAUUAGCACAUUUUUGUUCGUUGGGUUUGUCCUUUUUUUCAUAAUUUAUUGUGGCCUAAAAAUGAUUUGUAAACGCGUUUAUACAUUUUUCCACAGUGUCAAAUCAAAACGAGAAUAAAAUAAAAUUACACAAAUAAUAAUAAAUAUUUUACUUGUUAAAAAUAAUGUACAUCAUACAUUAUUAUAGUCGUAUCGUCCAUGUGCUAUAUGUUUGGUUGUUAUUGAUCCUCCAACACCUUUUAAAUAUAGUUAAAUAUACUGAAAUUAGAUUUAUUGCAUUAAACAUUAAGAGCUAUUUCCUCUUGUAUAGUUGUAUGUACCAUCAUAGUAGUUAUGUUAUAUUCUUAUAUGCGUUAUUAUAUAUUGUUGAUUAACGAC